CUACCUCUACUUCGGAUAAUAAAUAUAUUUCGGAUAACAAAAUAAAUAAAAAAAAUCGAGAAAAGCAAGCGCAGAACAAAUCCGGUCCUCACUGUGCAUAAUUCAGAGCACGCUCUCUUCCUUCUUUUGCUGUUUUACACAGAAUCAAUAUUUUUACGGGGUUCGAGUUUCUGUAAAUCUUGACCGAUUGAGGAAGCCUAGUCUUCAUUUCGAUGGAUUCGAUUAAUGCGAAGCAAUUCGAUCCUUCCAAGGCUGACAGCGCAGGACCGAACCCAGGUCGAAAGGUUCGGGUCGUGACCAAGGUUAGGGGCUCUGCGUUUCAGGAGGGUGAGGCUCAGGCUGGAUCUUUGAGAUCCGUGGACUGGAUUUCGGUGAACAAGCCUCCCGGAGAGAGUUCAGAGGGAAUCGCAAUCUCCUUCAGGGACCAUUCCUCCAGUCGGAAAGAAUCUUACUGGGUGGACUAUUGUUAUGGGGACAACGAAGAAAAUGAAAUAAUCUAUUCAAGAGAUGUGAAGCCUCUUAUAUCUACAGUUUUUGAAGGCCAUAACAGCUCUAUUAUUGCGUAUGGGGCAAGAGGUAGUGGAAAGACUCAUGUGAUUCAGGGUUCUGCCAAGAUACCUGGCUUGUCUGUGCUUGCUGUCGCUGAGUUUCUUUCACUGGCCGAACAAAAUGGCAAAUCUAUUGCUAUAUCACUCUAUGAGGUUGAUCAUUUGGAUCAUGCUGUUGAUUUAUUAAAUCCAGAACAACCAGCCAUUUCAGUUCUGGAUGACCGAGGCCGUAUUCAAUUUAAGGGGCUUUCGCAGAUUCCAGUGAAAUCCAUUUCAGAGUUUCAGAAAGCAUACUUCACUGCUUGUGCUACUCGAAAAGCAGCCAUGAAAAAGGGAAUGACCAUGCUCGUAGGACCCAUGGGAUUAAUGGUGUAUGUCUUUUCUGAUGCUAAGGGCGCAGAAACUGGCUUUGUGGGCAAAAUGAAUUUUGUUGACUUGGCAGGUUAUGAAGAUGGCAGGAAGAAGAGUUGUGAUAGUUCUUGUCUAACUGAAACCAAUAAAAUUAACAAGUCCAUAUAUGCUUUACUAAAUGUCUGUCAUGCUUUGAGCACCAAUGAAAGUCGUGUCCCCUAUCGUGAGAGUAAACUUACGCGCAUGCUGCAGGACUCUAUGAGAGGGACAAGCCGAAUUUUGAUGGUUGUCUGCAUGAACCCGUCUUUUUGCCAAGACACUAUCUACAUGUUAAGCUUAGUAUCCCGGUCAUGUCAAGUGAUUCGCCGAGUGACUGUAGACGCCACAAAGAAAAGUGAAAGCUGUUCUGCAAGACAGAUGAUGCUUACAUCUCAUAAGGGCAAGGCACCUAAGAGUGUGUCUUCUACUGCAAAACAAAUAACUGGCUCUAAAUCACAUAUGCGUGAAAAGAAAGCUGAUGCGAUGACAUCUGCCAUAAAAGGAAGGAAAUUAUUUGAUGAUGCAAGUCAUUAUGCUAAAGCUGAGAAGGCAAGAUUGUCUGAUACCAGUUCUACUGUAGAAACCUCAGUGCAAGAAGAGGAAAAAUCAAUUGUAAUUGUUAACGAAGCAUUAUUGCCUUCAUCAUUGGAUGACUCAGUUCUAGAUGCGAGGCAUCAAGAAGAACUCAUGGAUGACUCAGUUUCAGAUGCUAGGUGUAAAGCAGAACUCAUGAUGGAAAAGGCCGCCCCUGAGAAAACUGUGGAUCACCAAAAGGAGCAUGCUCCUGAUUCUGGCAAGUACAAGAAAGCUUUAUCCACAGACUUAGUUCAGGAAGGUCAUUAUAUGGAUAAGGAAAAUGACAGUUUCAUUGCCAAUAAAAAUGAAUCACCACCAAUUAGUGCUCAACUACGUGAACUGUCAAACAAUUUGAAGCUUCUCUUAUCUUCAACCCCAAUAAGCGUGAAGAUACCAGAACAGGACUGCAUCAUGUCACUUGAAAAUCAGGUGUCUUCUGCAGAUAUUGUGGAACCCAAAACUCCUGUCAUGGAACAAACUGUGGGUAGGCGGAAUGUCGUGAAUGCUAAAAGUCCUUGGGAAGCAUACAGUGCGCGCAGUUCUGGAAUGAAGAACUCUCUUGUUCAAGAGUAUCUCAGGUUCUUAAACACUGCUAACAAGGAAGAAUUAAAAAGAUUAAAGGGGAUUGGUGAGAAAAGAGCAACGUACAUAGUGGAGCUUCGCGAAGAAUCUCCUGAACCUUUCAAGAGUCUUGAGGAUUUACAGGACAUUGGACUUUCAGCAAAGCAGAUUAAGGGGAUGAUGAAAAGGGAAGUUGGAGAACUCUUCAAUUAGCCAUGACAGCCAUUUUCCUGCGAUUUAUUAUUUGAUAUAUGUAUCAUCAUCGUCUUUGUGAUGUUUGUUUGUUUCUAUUGGAUUUGUACUGGCAACCUUAAGUUGCCCAUAUGUUGUGUAAAAUUUAACUUGAAUGAUGCUCAAUUCGGUCCAGAAGAAAUUUGAAUGAAUCUCAGAGGUCUAUGUCCUCAUUACUUUGCCUUA